AUGACUGUCAUGGCCGAUACCCCGUCAAAGGAGAUUUGGCAGAAAUUUUUCCUCCAACAUGACUCUAUUGUAUCCCUGCUUGACAACCAUGCUACCGUCCUCAUUGAGUUGAGAGACCAUUGCGCCGGCAGCGACGCAGCACUGGAAGCACUCAAGGCGCGGUUGAUCAGCACAGAAACCCUAAUCGCAGGGUUCAAAUCGUCUAGCGAGGCAUUGAGAUCAAUCACCAAUCAAGAUGACUUCGAGUCAACAGAUCCUGCCAGCCGUCGAAACAUUCCGUUGCGCACUGCCACACCCACGGUUGACUCUAGUGGACUAUUUUCUUUCGAUGCGAAUCCCUCGAUUGUCGGUGACUUGCUCAAGGAGAAGUCAACCCCCAAGCGCAAACUGCAGACCGAUGGAACGAUGGAACCUGAACACGAGCGCAAGAAGUCGAAAUCGAAUGGUCAACUCCAGCCAGAGUCCUCAGAAGAAGAGGACUCUUUUGUACGAGGGGUUGAGGCUCGAGUCCAAGCAAAAGCAACCCGAAAGAAGGAAAGUACAGAAAAGAAGCGCAAAAGGCAAAGCGACGGAUCCGCAUCCGGUGAGAACAGAAGCCAUCAACACAAGAGGUUGAAGCAGGAAGGCAACGCAUCAGGGAAGCCUAUGGAUAUCAGACAGAACAGUAACGGCAAGAGACCACGAGCGUCAUCGAAAAUCAGUAUGCGAAACAAAAAGACUCACAAAAAACGCAAGAGAUGA